AUGCCGUGGCUCAGUCAAGAAUCUUACCCUCUCCCUCAGAAAGAUCUCAUCUCGCUCGUCUUUGACGAAUGUAAAUAUGACCCUGAUAAGCCGGUCUACCACGAUCUAGAAAACCCCAAUCGCACCAUAUCAUGGCGACAAGGGCGGACGCUCACGAGGAAACUCGCCGCGGGAUUCCGCAAGGCUGGGCUGCAGAGGGGCGAUUGUUUUAGUAUUGCUGCGUUCAACGAUAUCAUGUAUUCGAUGCUCUUCCUCGGCGGAGUGGCGGCCGGUGGUAUUUUCAGCGGCACGAACCCAGCGUACCAGAUCUACGAGAUCCGGCACCACAUCCGCACGGCGCAAGUCAAGAUGUUCAUCGUCGAACCCGAAGUGCUGUCCCCGAUCCUGGAGGCGGCAUCCCUCGAGGGAAUCGCGCGGGACAAGAUCUUCAUCUUCAACCCGCUCCCGCACCAGAAGGUUCCCCAGGGGUUCCGGAGCUGGGAGUGGCUUCUGCAGCACGGGGAGGAGGACUGGGUACGGAUCACCGACCUCGAAGAGCUGCAGUCCACGCAGGUGGCGCGGCUCAACACUUCUGGCACCACGGGGCUGCCCAAGACGGCCAUGCAGAGUCACUACAACGCGACAUCAUGGCACACGAUGCUGCACGAUAUAUCCCCGGUGCCCUGGGAAGUGCGCAACCUCUACACCCUGCCGGGAUUCCACGUGGCCACCGUGCCCCUCGUCCACGCCUGCCCAUUCAUCACGGGUGACCAAUGCUGGAUCAUGCGGCGGUUCGAGCUCGAAUCCUUCCUCGCCGCACUCGAACGCCACCGCAUCACAAACAUCGGCAUCGUCCCGCCCUUGGUGAUUGCCAUCAUCAUGUCUCCGCUCCGCCACAAAUACUCACUCCGAAGUCUCCGCAAGAUCAAGUGCGGCGCCGCGCCCCUGGACGCGGUCUCGCAGAAAAAGUUCCAGGACCUGUGCGCCCCGGACGCCAGCUUCACUCAGGUCUUUGGCAUGACCGAGACGACAGGUACCAUAAGCCAAUUCUUUGGUACCGAGAGGGACGAGACCGGGUCCGUGGGGAGUCGGUUUCUGCCGAAUACGGACGUCAAAUUAAUCGACGACCUCGGCAGGGACAUCACCGCCUACGACGUCGAAGGCGAGCUGUGCGUGCGCGGCCCCACGGUGAUUAGAGGGUACUUCAACAACCCUAGCGCAAACGCCGCCGCGUACGAUGCCGAGGGAUACUUCAAGACCGGGGACGUGCUGUACUGCGACGGCAAGACCAAGAAGUGGUAUAUCGUGGAUAGGAAGAAGGAACUAAUCAAAGUCCGGGGCUUCCAAGUGUCCCCCUCGGAGCUGGAGGCCGUGCUCCUCUCACACCCCGGAAUCGUCGACUGCGCCGUGCUGGGCUUUCGACCCAAGGGCCGUCCCGUACAUGCAGACGAGUUGAUUCGCGCGUACGUGGUGCGACGUCCUCCGGAGGAGAGGGGGGACGAUCCAUCGGCGCCGUCAUUGACAGAGGACAACGUCAAGCAGUUCAUCCGCAGCAAUCUCGCCAGCUACAAAUCGCUGACGGGCGGGGUGGUCUUUGUGGACGAAAUCCCAAAGAGUCCCAGUGGGAAAAUCCUCAAGAGGGUCUUGAAGGAGCAAGCUGAAAAGGAGCAGGAGCUGGAACAGGAGCGGGGAACGGUGGCGAGGGCCAAGUUAUAA